AAACUUUUGCCCAUAGAAUAUGAAACAGAAAAUUUAAACGAUUUCCGCUAUGCGUAACGCGCCGAUACGCUCUCUGUUGGCAAGAGUCCCGAGUAUAUUUUGCGCAUGCGCACUACAAUUAUUUAUUAUAAAACAAAUUUUUACAGAGUCGACUAUGGAAAACUUGUCAUCUAGUAACUAUGGUCUCUUGUGAACUGCACUGUAGCUGCACGUUCACCAACAUAAGGUGUAAAAUUUUAUUAUCGAUUUAUGAAAGAGGGACAAACUUCAUUAUAUUCGAUUGUUUAUUGCCUUAUUGCCUAGGGCUCCAUGAGAUUAAUAUUUACAUGACAAUUUCGUGAAUCGAAUAGUUAUUCGCGUAGGAGAAACCAUAGCUCGUCAGCAAGUAUUAGUUUGAUGUUAUAGUAGAAAGCUGACAAGCUUCUUUUCCAACAAAGAUGGUAUUAACUAAGGAAUAUCGUAUAUGCAUGCCGCUUACCACGGAAGAGUAUCAUAUAGGCCAACUUUACAUGAUUGCAAGACAUAGUCAUGAGCAAUCGGAUAACGAUGAAGGAGUUGAAGUGGUUGAAAACGUAGAAUGCGAUCACCCCGAACAUGGAAAGGGUCAAUACACAGAGAAAAGAAUUCAUUUAUCUAGUAAAUUACCUUAUUGGAUACAAUCGGUUCUUCCACGAAUAUUUUACGUAACAGAGAAAGCAUGGAAUUAUUAUCCUUUUACUAUAACAGAAUAUACUUGUUCCUUUAUUCCAAAAUUUCAUAUAUCCAUAAGAACUCGAUACAAAGAUGACAAUGGAUGUACAGAAAAUUGUUUAGGUCUUUCUCCCAUCGAAGUUCUGCAUCGCGAGGUCGACUAUCUGGACAUAGCAUACGAUGAAAUUUCUGCAAAGCAUUACAAAGAGGAAGAGGAUCCAAAAUUUUUUCAAUCUAAGCGAACUGGUCGUGGACCAUUGGUAGAAGGAUGGAGGGAAACAACGCAACCGAUAAUGUGUUCCUAUAAAUUAAUCCAUGCCUCUUUCGAAGUUUGGGGCAUGCAAACACGAGUGGAAGACUUCAUUCAUAGAUGUAUAAGGGAUAUUUUACUAUUGGGCCAUCGGCAAGCAUUCGCAUGGAUCGACGAAUGGUACGAUAUGACGUUGGAGGAUGUUCGGAGGUUCGAGCAAAAGAUGCAGGCUGAGACUAACGAGAAAGUACGUCUGAGAAAUAUGACCAGUGAAAAGCCAUCGGCUCCUACUACGCCAACUUCGUCGAUACCAUCAUCGCCAUUACCUAAAUCACCUACAUCGCCUACACAGUCUAAUCGGUCGUGGUUUUCUUGGUCAUAGCCGCAAUUCUAAAGGAAUAAGAUUAGUUACCGUGCUAAUCUGUCUAGGGAACCUAAUUAAAUUUGUGCAAAAGACGCCCGGCAUUUUCGAUUCUGUGUGUAUAUAUGUGUGUGUAUCCACAUUAUAGCCAGAAGGUAUCUGUAACCCGAACACAUUCUUAAAACUUAGAGUUUGAAUCAUAGAACUCUGAGUUUUAACAUUAAGGACUGUUGUAUUUGCUUUAGAUUCUUUUUUUUUUUUUUUU